AAUAAUCGGCGAAUACCGAUAGUUUCCACCGGAUGUUUCCGACAAUCGGUAAAGUCAGUCAUGUAAACUCAAACUGUAAACUUGUUCGUCUGUAUUUAAAGUAUUACCGUUUGAGGUUCUUGAAAAGUUUUCAAUGAAAAAUGCAACUGAUUAAACAAUCUGCGUUAUAUCUUUGUACAUAUUUUGUGCCAUCAUCAACAUAACGAAUUGCUUGUAUUUCUGUUUCAAAAUCUAACGACGUUUAAUAUUAUGACUUCAUUUAGAUAAAUCCCAUUUCACCACCUUCCUAUCUUGCCACGACAACAACAAUGAAUCGAGAAGAAGGUUUGAAAGCUUUGGAAAUAUCUAUCAAAGCCAUUGAAGAAGUCAUUAUGAACAAGAAAGGAACAUAUGUUUUACAACAAGCUGGAUCACGGCAAAUCUUUGCCUCGUGGAUCAAUGGUAAUUAUCGGAAUUAGCGGGAAAAACUACGUCAGAGGUCUGGUACCGACACAGAGACGCGAUUUUUGUCAUUUCUUUCUGGAUAGUACGCCGUGCAUCGAAGCUCCUCAGUUCGUAGAUAUAUAAAAAUUGCCAAAUACCAGCUGUUAUCCUUCUGUUAAAAAUGCCUCCUUGUUUGUCAAAAUCAGUAAUGAGAGACGUCUACUGCAUUUAUCCACAAAAGUAUAAUGCUGUACCACAAUACAACCAAACGAUCAUUGCUAUGCUCCAAAAAAGACCUGAGCGAAGUCCUUUCGCUAGAACUGAUAUGUACGAUAUUGUGAGCUUGCUUUACAUGUCGAAUGAGUUGGUUGAAAAAGAGAUCAUGAAAAGUGAAGGAGAAAAUGCACUCUCGUAUAUUCUGUCUCAUCUUGAUGAUCAAUCAAUGACAGUUUUACUUGGAACCUACGUUAAGCAAUUUUUCAAAUGUACUAUAUUUACGAAUGACGCCUUUCCUCUUUUUCCGUACAAUGAAAACUGCCUAAACGGUUGGUUUACGAAGAAUGUUUCAUGUUUUAAUGAUGCAGGGGACCAAACUAACCAAGAAGUAGAGAUUUUUAAUGCAAGUAACAAAGAUAAAGCUAAAACAUGUAUCGCCGAGUUUGUAAAAUCAAAGAAAAGCAAAGACAAAGAUAAUGAGUUAUAUUUCCAUGGCACUGAUCAUUCGUCUGCUCAGAAUAUUCUUGAGAAUGGUAUUAAAUUAGGUAAAGGUCGUGAAAAAGGCGACUUGUCACAUAGAGAUGGCUUCUACAUGGCAAAUGAUUAUGAAUACUCGUUAACGCAAUAUUCUAAAAAACCAAAACCAGCCCUUCUCAUUUUUUGUUUACGCCCAAAUAAUUUGAACGGUUUCCGAGAAUUGUAUUUAUGUGAUAAUCGCAAUGAAAAAGUCUUUGUUUCAGUUACUCAAUACUUUAGGGCUGGAAGGAAAGACCGUAAAGGUUCCAUGAGCAGGGACCACCUAUUUUCGGAUUUAGAAAGGUGCGAUUAUAUCAAAAGUCCAAUUACUAGUGAUGGUCGUUCAGCAGGUGACCCAAGGGAAGAUAUUCUGCAGGUUUGUGUAAAGAAACACAAAAUGGCUGAGGCAAUGAGUUGUUCCCCAUUUUUGGUGGGUGCAGUCUUUAUAAAGCCUGAUUCGUAGCAAAUUGGCUGUAAGGGACGCAAGAAAACAACAAAGUGAAAUGAGUUCAGUAACAAACAGGUUGAAAUUGCAUGGAGUUGUGUUCUCCAUGAAAACAAUCGUAUCACACUUUAUAACGUAACUCGUAGGACAUAUUGAUUUUGUAUGUAGUCACUAUUUACCAUUGCAAAAACUGAAUUGUAAAAAUAUUGAUGUAAACAAAUUUUAAACAAUUAUUGGAUGACGUUGAGCGUGAUGUCAAGAAAUAAAGUUCAACGUAUACAAA